AAACCCUAACUCCCACUCUCGGAACUCUCACUUUACCUUUUUUAGGUCCGUAGUACACCGAGUCCAUGCCUGUUGACGCGCAAAACCUCCGCCGAGACUCGCUCACCGUCGCCGGAGUUCCGUCAGGGACUCCUCCUGCGAAGGGCGCGCGAAGAGAGACGCAUUUUAGAGGCGUGCGCAAGCGGCCCUGGGGGCGGUUCGCGGCGGAGAUCCGAGACCCGUGGAGGAAGACCAGGAAGUGGCUCGGCACCUUCGACACCGCCGUGGAGGCCGCUCUCGCCUACGAUGAGGCUGCCAUCAGUCUCCGCGGCUCCAAGGCCCGCACCAACUUCGGCCUGCGCGGCCACUUCGUCGCUCAGCCGGUCGCCGUCGCCGGAACUCCCGUAGAGGUUUUCGGCUUCAGGCCUCUGCCGGACUUAUUUCCCGGGGGAGGUAUUCCUGCUCCGGCGAGGUCGGAGUUCAAAGGGUACGUGAUGGAGAACGCGGACUUGGUGGUAGCCGGGCAGGACGAGAAAAAGAAAAUGAAGGAGAAGCCGUUUCUCUUCGAUCUGAAUCUGCCGGCGCCGCUUUUCUGAACCGCCGGAGACGAGGUUCCCGGCAAGGGCUUCCCCGGAGAAGAUUGGUCUUGUAUUUUUGUUCAUGUUUUGAUUUUUUGUUUUUCAUUUGGGUUCCUCUCUUGGCAUCGUGGUUAGUCAAUUUUCCCUGCUUAUGUACAGCUGAUUAGCAAAAAAACCAUUUUGAUUAUAUUACAAUUAAGGUUGGGCAGGGCUUAACUUAAUGACCCCUUUACCGUGGAUUGAAUGAAAAUUGUAUGAGUGGUGAUCUGAGAAAA